AUGAUAGAUAACAAAUCAUUAUCAAAAGAAUCAGAUUUAAUUACAAAACUAAACUACAAGAAUAUAAACGAUGUAAGUAUACACGAAUUAAAUUACCUUAAAAAUAAUAGAGAAGUUUACUUAAAAAGAGGAAAUAUGUUUUUUUUAAGUACUAAAGAAGAAGCAUUAAAUGUUUUGAAAAAUAAAAAUAAGUAA